AUGGCGGAUGAGCUGGCGACUGUGAAGCUGUUCAACGAGAACACCGCGUCUGUCGUGUACAUCACGAACCUCGCCACUAGGAAGGACGCGUUCACACUGGAUGUGAUGCAGGUGCCUCAAGGGACAGGGUCAGGCUUCAUAUGGGACACGGAGGGUCAUGUGGUUACCAACUUCCACGUCAUCAGACGCGCCUCUGAUCUCAGAGUGACCUUAGCCGACCAGUCAGUGUACGAGGCGACAGUGGUGGGAGCGGAUCCCAACAAGGACGUGGCAGUGCUGCACAUCGAUGCUCCCCCUGAGAAGCUCAGACCGCUGCCUGUAGGCUCCUCCUCGGACCUCCUGGUCGGCCAGAAGGUCUUCGCCAUUGGCAACCCCUUCGGACUCGACCACACACUCACAACAGGAGUCAUCAGUGGAUUGCAGCGUGAAAUAACGUCAGUGACGCGGCGGCCCAUUCAGGACGUGAUUCAGACCGACGCAGCCAUUAACCCUGGCAACAGCGGGGGCCCUCUCCUCGACUCCAGUGGCACCCUCAUUGGCAUCAACACCGCUAUUUAUUCACCAUCUGGCGCAUCCUCGGGCGUUGGAUUCGCCAUCCCUGUAGAUACAGUGAGUGGCAUCGUGGAUCAGAUAAUCCUGUAUGGCCAGGUCACACGGCCUGCCCUCAACCUCGCCUUUGCACCGGAGCAGCUGGUGGAUCAGCUGGGCAUCUCGGGGGUGCUCGUGCUCGAAGUCAACCCCAAUGGCGCCGCUGCCAAGGCCGGCCUGCGCCCCACGUCGCGGGACAGCUUUGGGAGGCUAAUGCUGGGGGACAUCAUCACAGCCAUUGAUGGCAAGCCCAUCUACUCCGGCUCGGACCUCUACAAGAUCCUUGACAAGUGCAAAGUUGGCCAGACGGUUGAUGUACGGCUGCUGAGAGGAAACGAGGAAGUUGUGGUGCCCCUGGAAACAGUGCUCGAGGAGCUCUUGCUGGAUGAGGAUACAUGUCCAGCUGUGGUAGCUGAAAUUGAGACUGCAGAAAUGAUUUCACUAUUUACUCUAGCCACUGCCCCUUCCGCUGCAUCCUGGAUGGCUGGAUGGUUCAAUGCGAAAGGGCUGACAGCAGCAGGGAGCAGUAAAGCAGCAUGCGCACUUGGGUCUGACGCGAGUAGGAUUGCUGCGUCGCUUUCGCUGUGGUGCAGAGGGGUGGGGCUGCUGAGGAAGCUGGAGACAGAGUCGGGCAGCACAGCCCAUGAGAGAGGUGCACCCAGGGCGAAGUGGGACGCACUGUUGGGGCUCGUGACACUCUUCAAAGUCACUUGCCUCGCCAACGGCUGCUGUGGCGCCUGCUGCGCGCCUUCCAACUCCACCUCUGAGCUGCUCACAUCGCGUAAAGCCGCCCUCGGCGUUGCUGUACCAUCCAUGCGGUAUGCACCACCUCCCACGUCGGCUGUGGCGAGCGCGCUCUCAACAACGCUGUCGUCUGGCGCAUUCAACAAUCCACACUUCCCCUCCCCGUCCUCCUUCCCCUCUCCACUCCCGCGUCCCACAUCUCCCUCCGCAACCCCCUCCUCGCUGCCAACACAGAGCGCUUUUGCACGCCUCUCCCACUCCGCCCCUCCGCCUCUCUCCGCGUCGCUCCCUGCCUCGCCUGGCGCCGCCAGCCGUACCGCCAAGUCGCCCACCACCACGCGCUCCAGCGCCUUGGUCGCUGUCCGUCUCGCGUGCCUCCCUCCUGCCACUGCCGCUGAUGGCGCCCGUGCUGGUGGCCCUGCAGGUAAUUCUGGCGGUUGUGAAUCAAAACAACGGUCGCUGAGUGGAGAGGCCCGUUGCGCUACGGAAGAGGUCUCAAGCGGCGGACUCAACUGGGUGUUGCGUGUGCGCCAAGCGACAAGCAAAGGAAAACAGCUACCGCUCAAGCCACGAGUACACUUUCCAAUGCGCGACGACGGCUCGUCCUCGCAUUCAGCGGCGUCGACGAGCUGCGCGUUCCGCGGAACGGCAUCGGUUGAAGCAGCCGCGGCCAUGGUUGGAGGGAGGGUGUGA